CGAGUAGUAGCUCUAACGAGAAAGUAAAGUAGUCUGUACAUGUCACAGAACCGGUCUCUUUAUAAAUUUGAAAUGUAAUUAUUUCAAAUUUGUACUGGAAUUUAUCUGCGCAUGUUAAGAGUAUUUGCAAAAAGAUUAGUCUUCGCUGGUAUCUAACGGGAUUAGAAGCGGGAAGUGGUGGGCUCUUAAUGACGGGGUAACUCAGGGACUACCAUAGCAACUGUAGACGCUAUGGCAGUGAUUAAGCUUUGUGAAUCUGUGGCUUCCUCUGAGUGUUUUUUUUGCAAAUAGCCACUGGAGCACCUCCUUUGCAGGGAGGUGGCAAUUUUGUUAACAGCAAUCUUUCAGCUUGAUAAUAAGUGGAGCCAAAGAUAAUCACAUUGAAGUGAAAAUUAUUCGAGAUAUUGAUCUGCAGUGGGCAAGUAGUUUUAUUUCUUUGGUAAAAGGCACAAAAAAUCGAGGCUAUGUAAGUGGAGACUGUCACCAUAUAAUAACCCAUCCAGAGACAAGGGUCUGUUCAAAGCAAAAUGAAGAACAAAUGUUUUGACCUGUAUAACUGUACAAUGGAAGUAACUGCGUAGAAGAUUUGUAGAUGGCUUCAAAAUCCAAAAAGGACCUAAGAAGCUCCAUAGAUAGUGUUCUGGAUGACCUUCUUGGAGACGGUGAUGAUCCACCUGCCAAACAGAGUAAAUCUCCAGUACGCGGCUCAGUAACCCUUGGCGGCAAGCCAGGGGGACUUGUGUCUAGACCUAGCAAGAGGUCUCUGUUGGAUGAUGACUUCUUCAGUAAGAUUGCAGAAGAGGCCGACAAAGAUGAGGAAUCUGACAUUUCAGAAGCCGAUCCACGGGCACUGCUGGAAAGUAUGAAGGAUAUAGAUGACAUGGAUGCUGACCUUUUUGGAACAAAGAAGAAACCCAGUUCAGCACCUGGAAACUUAACAACUAAAGCUCCUGGGGUAAUUCUUAGAAAAGAGGAUCCAUCUAAAACUGAAGAGAAGCCACCAGCAAUCAUCAAAGAACCAUCUGAGUUGGUUGAUGAGACAAAGCCUCGUUCUGCUCCAGCAGGUUCUGGGCGUCAGUACAAGACAUUUUCUUUUGAUGAGCUAGAAGAUCCUCUUGCAGACAUUCUGUCAGAUGAAGAAGGGAAGCAGAAUUUACCUUCUCUCAAAAAAAGAAAUAGUCUCCCUAACUCAGAUAUGAAGAUGCAGAAGAAAGAAGUGAAAGAAGAAACGGGCAAUGGGUUACCUUCACCUUUCCCAGCUCAACCGGUGCCUACAUCACAAAAGAAAGAUGACUUGAACUUUGAUGAUGAUGAGGAUGAUCUAAUGGGUGCACUGGGGUUUGCAGAAAGUCCCAAGAUUCACAGAAAGGAGGAAAAGAAUUCAGAAAAUGAGGUGCCUAGACCUGCUCGUUCAAAGCUGGAUGAGUUAUUGGGACGAGGCACCGCAGCAAAACUUCUUGAGCGUCCCCCAACAGGAGAACUGAAGGAGUUCAAGCUGGACAAGAAGUACCAGAAACCCCAAGAUAAAAGUGAUUUUGUAGCUGAGGAUGAUUUUGCCUAUGGUGCCUACCAGCCCACUAUGACUUCUACUCCUGAAGGGCGGCAGUCCCGAAGACAGUCUGUCAGAUUUUCUAUGGAGGAUGUCAGUGAUCUUGUACCAGAUCAGAAGUCGAAACCAUCCACCCCUACAACACCUAGGUCAGCCCGUGCCAAUAAAAGUGGAGCUGAUUGGCUUGGUCUCAAAGGUGAUGAUUUGACAGAGUCUACAAUUCAUUUACCAUCAAAAGAGAGUACAAAAAUGUCAGGUACUCUACCUAAUGAUGUGCCAUCAAGCCCUUCCCUUGCAAAGAAGCCACCCUUACCCAGCAGACCUUCCUCUGGGGUCAACUUAGAAGGAGAAGCAACAGUCAAGUCAAAACCUAACCAGUCAGGAUCAACGACUGAAACUCCUGUAACCAGAGAGGAAGAUGAUUGGCUGGUAGGUGCACUAGCUCGAAAAAAAACCCAGGUUGCUGGAAAAGCAAAUGAAAAGAAGACCAGUUCGGAAGAUUUUCUUGAUCUGGGGGAUGAGGUGGACCUAGAUGCAUUUAAACGGACUACUUCUUCACCAGCUAUGCACCAGCAGCCAUUGGAGUCCAGCACUGUAAAUGAUAUCCCAGAUGACAAGCCAUCAGAUUCUCGAGUUUCUAGGUUACAGUCUGCUGCAGAAAAUAUUCCUGAAAAGGCAGACCCAUUCCCUGUGCCCAGUAGCAGAACGAAUGAUUCAGUGAAGGAUUCCAGUAAAAAAGUGUCUACCUCUAAUCAACAGGACCCCCAGAUGUCAAUUACUGAGCCACAGGUUCCCUUCUCUGCACAGCAGCUUCAGCAUCUUUUAUUGCAGCAGCAGCUUCUGCAGACUCCAUCUCUGACAUUGGGUCUUCUGAAUACCACUGAGUAUGAGAAGAGACAGUCAGCCUUUCAGCUGCAACGAGCAGAGGAAGAUUCCAGGGAUAAGUCGAUGCUUCAGGCUUCUCAGGCUCGAAUACUGGAGCUAGAGAGUCAGAUUCGCAAACUUGAGUUGGAACGAAGCCAGCAGAAGAUUCUGUUGGAAAACUUACAGCAGCGCCAGAAAGAAGACAUAGAGCUCUUUGAAACUGCUCACAGGAGCCGUUUGAAGAUCAUUGAGGAAUCAUGUCAGCAACGGGAGUCACACCUGCAGAAGGAGAACCAGGAACUUGCAGCACAGCUCAAGUCAGUGCUUCAGAAUGCUGAAAAAGAGCGAUCUGAGGUCUUAGCACAGUGCCAGCGUAAAGUCACAGAAUACGAGCAGGAAAAGGUGAAGGAGAUUGAGAGACUGAGAGAGCUGCAGAGGUUGUCAGUUUCAGAGAUGCGGAAGGACCAUGAGGAACAGUUGCAGCGUGUGAAGAUGUUAAAAGAUCAGGAAAUAGAUGCAGUGACUAGUGCUACCUCUCAUACCAGGUCUUUAAAUAUUGUGGUGGAGCAGAUGGAGGCUUUUUCCAAGAAGUUGGGUGACCUCUCCUACAAAGUGGAAAGCACUCACCAUAACACAGCGCAUGAGUUAGAGAUGGGAGCCCGACAGAGAGAUGAGCAGCUCAGAGUACUGCAGGACAGACUUACUCAGCAGCAGCGAGACAUGGAGGUAGAGCGUAAUCGGCUGCAUGAUGUCAUUGCCAAAAUGGAGACCAGGCUUUCUGAACAAACUCGGCUACUGGAAAAGGAACGUUGGCGAGUAACAGCAGAGCAGUCUAAAGUGGAAAGUAUGCAGAGGUCACUUGAGGAAGAACGCAGAGUUAUGAAUCAGCAGCUUACUAUAGAAAGAGAUGAGUUAGAGAGGGCAAAGACCGCAUUGUUGGAAGAACAGCAGUCAGUAAUGCAACAGUGUGCAGAGCAGCGCAAGAAGAUUGCAUCUGAGUGGGCUGAAUUCCGUGCUCAACAGAAACUGACCCAUGAACACGUGGAACGUAGUACCAGUCGUGCACUGCAAAUGGAUGCACAACGUGAGGAAAGCAUCAUUACCAUGGCCAAGGAACAAGCAGAACUGAAAAUAAAAGCAAAUGCACUGAAAAUGAAGGAAGAACAGUUAGCCCGAGAUCGUGAAACACUGGAGCAGGACAAGCUAGAGCUGCAGCUAGAGAGAGAAAGGGUUAACGCUUUAGCACUGCGUAUUAAGCAAAGAGCAGAGGAGAUUGAAAGAAUGAGUAAGCUUGCUUCAGAGAAGUAUGAGGAAGGGGAACGAGCCUUACUAGAGGCAAAACGAGUGGAGUCAGAGCACCAGGCCAGACUGCAUACCAUACACCAGCAGAUGGAGAGACUGCAGCAGCAAGAACAGCAACUACACAAGGAACGUUUGAAUUUGGCUGGACAGCGCCAGAAUUUAAGCAUAUUGCGAGACAAAUUGCCAUUUCAAGUGUUAUCAUCUCACUCUGAUAUGAAAAUACCACCUUCACUCAACCCACAGAAUUUUAAACCAUCCUAUGCCAGCACUUUGAAGCACAGCACUGGAAAUUCUGGCAUAUUGAAGGUUGUUCAAGGGCCUGCAUCCUCUGAACUUCUAGCCAAACUAGCACUAAUCAAGCACACUGCAGAAAAGGAUCGAGACUUCCUUGAAGAUGAACAAUUCUUUCUAGAAACACUAAAAAAGGCACCAUACAAUAUACAGACGACAUGACAGGAAACAGGAUACCAAGUUCUUCAAUAUAUUUGUAAUUGUGGUUGGUGUUUUGUUGUCCAUAAUCUAGUCUUUCUUUAUGGAAAGGCUACUCAUUAAAAUUCAUACAUAAGCAUAAAUAUGUAGAUUGUUAGGCUAUAAGAUUUCACUGGGCUACAGAAUGUACAAUUCCAGUUGACCUGGACGUUUUAUUCCAAAGCAUUUUUUUAACUAAGAAGGUGCUUGUCUUCCACAGUUCACCAGACAGUCUUGGUCAAAGUGAGCCAUUCCUAGUGUAUUCCUGAUUGUCAUAAAAUGUUUACAUUUUUUAUAUUUUUACAAAUAAAUAUGGAUUUUAUAUACCUUCAUAACCAUUUAAAAAGCAAUAAAGCUGACAGUCAUUAUCCAGU